UAUGACGCUGAGCGAACAAUAUUUUAGCUAUAUAAGACGUCUGAUGAUCGUCGUCGGCAUUUGGAACAUAGAAACAGAAAUUUCUCAAUCGAAGAAAAAAUUUUACACUGUAUAUUCUGUAAUAAUGCAGACGGUAUGUGCUUCUCCGAUUGUUUCUUAUACUUUGGAUGUUCAUUACUAAAAAGUAACCAGACUGAAGCUUUUAGUAACAUCGGAGUGAUAAUAUUCUUCGCUAUCAUAAUCACCAAAAUGUUAAUGUGCCAAUCGCAAUCGAUCGUCAACUUAAUCCGUAUUGCGGUACAGCCCAACUUUCAAGCCGUUAAACACAUCGAUAUGGAAGUUGAGUCCAUAUAUAAAAAACAAACUAAACUAAAUAAUUACUUGAUCACAAUCGUUAUCGGGUCCAUGACGGUUGUAACAAUUAGUUUCGCAGUGUUUGGCGACUUCAACUGCUACAGGCACUUCAAGCAAUACAGCAAUGGAACGAAUAAACCGAUGCUUGUAAACUAUUGGUACCCUUUCGAUACCAAUCAAUACUACGCGUUAGUCCUCAUAGACCAGAAUAUCAGAGUAACCCUGAGCGCGUUUUGUACUGCCACAGUAAACGCCUUCGUAAUCUGCAUAAUUAUCUUCGUGAGGCUCCAGCUUAAAUUGCUGCAGUAUAGUUUCAGGAACUUUCACAAGCUGACGAGAGAUAAAAACAGUGCAGAAGGCGCAAGCGUGCUGAAACAGUUAUGCCAAAAACACUUGGAUCUGAUCGGCUAUAUCGCAGACCUAAACCAGUCCUUCAAUGUUAUAGUAUUUAUGGAGUACAUGAUAUCAUCGAUUACGUUUGCGGCACAGAUUUUGCAAAUUAUCGACGGGGGUGAAAAGCUUUUAUUUGCUUGCGGAGUAUUGUCCUACACGAUUAUGCAACUACUUAUCUUCUCUUGGAGUUCAAAUGAGAUUAUCAUUCAAAGCAAAGAAUUGGCUACCGCCGUUUUUGAAAGUAACUGGUACGACUAUGACAAAGAAAUCAAAGUGAUGGCGCAUAUAAUGAUAAUGAGAUGCCAGAAACCGCUAAGCUUGACGAUCGGUAGAUUCGGUGUUAUGGAUUUAGACGUCGGAGUUUCGGUAAAUAGAAUGUAUUUCGGUAGUAAGCGAUGUUUUAUAUUCAAUUGGAAAGUUGGAAAAUUAUAGUUGAGUGAAAAUCGGUAUUGUACCAUUCGGUCAUCUGGCACUACCAGUAAGUCAACUUGAAUGAUAUUGAUAUUUAUAACAUUUGACAACUGACAAUUAUAAAAUUGGAAAAUUAAAAACAGUAAAUUAGAAAAAACGAACCCAACCGGUUAAAUUAGGAAAAUGUUAUGAGAAACUUAAAUCUGCCAGCGAAAUGAUUCCAGCGUCGGAGUCGUUUCUGAGAAAUUCUAGAAAAUAGGUUUGAUUUUGAUAUUCUAUUUUUGUCUGUAAAUCUUUUUAAGAUCUAUAUGAUGAUUUAAAGGAAAACACAUUUUUUUUUCAUUUGGGAUUGACGUACGCCAUGGAUUGUUAAAUUUUCUUAUGGUCGCCUAUUGAUUUGAUUGAUUGAGUUUCAUGAUUAAUUUAUUAUUGCUUUCGUCACCCUUAGGAUCACGAAAACAAAAUUAAACUAAAAGUUGUGAGAGUCCAAUUAUUGUCAUAAGUAGUAUUUAAAAAAAUAAUUUUCCUUACUAACAAAUUCACAGUUUAACUUCAGUUAUAAUACAAAAAUUAAUAAGCGUAAUUUAUUUAAGAAGGUAAAGAAAUCUUUCUAUUAAGUUUUAAAUUUUUUGCUAUUGUAAUAUCCAAGUACUUAAAGCCUGAAAGAUUACAGUCAAAUAAAAAGACUUGGGAAGACUGGUUGCCAACUUAUUGGCGAAUUGCUAAUUUCAAAAACCAGUUACCAAAAGAAAUUAACCAUGCAAUGAGCAAAUAGUACUCUUAGCAAAGACACUACAACAUCGAUUCGAAACAUAGAACAAGUAAGUGCAAAGCCAAAAACUGCACCAAUAAAUUUUAAAGAAAUUCUACUUGAAAUAAUUUACGUCAUUGACUUUUCAAUUUCGAAUAAACAAUAAAUUUAAUACUACUCCAGUGUAUGCCUUCAAUGGACUGCCAAAACUUUUGUUAUUUCGAAUGUCUGUUGAGAGCGAUCAUACUAUAAAACAAAAUAAAAUUCGCUUUUGCGCGAUGCUAAGUCAUUGUUAUCCGGACUGUCUAUGCUACGCUUAAGCAAUUUUUAAAUACUGAAGUUAUGUGAAGCGUAUUUUUCACUUUAUUUCACUCUAGAAUGCAAUAUGGGGUCACCAUAUGAGAUGGAUCUAGUUAUGCAGAGAGAGUUUCGUCUUAUAAAAAAGCUCUCCGAAUUCUCCUUGGUUUGGACAAUAGAGAAUUCUGUAGAACACAUUUUCCCAGCAUUCAUAUUAUUUUGCCAUCUAAUUUCAUAUACAAUAGGAUAUUUGAGAUUCACUCUAAUAAAUAUAGUUUUUUUGUUCGGUCUGCCAGUCAUUUCUGCGCAACGCGUAUGACCAAUCGUUAAUGAAGCUAUCCCGUGUUCGUGGCAAAAUAGUUCAAUGUGAAUUAGUUAACAAAGUAAAAUAAAAAAAAUGUCCUCACUCGCUUUUCGACAGGUACGUCACUUCCUCGUCAAUUAUAUCGAUACACUCUUUCAAUCACCCGUAGUUACGUCCAAAGUACUAAUAUUUUUCACAACGCAUAAUGCACAUCAGUUAAGGAAUAUCCGAUACCGUCUUAAUAAACAGAUCACAGAUUCUUUAAACCUGAACUGUUACAAAAAAUUCCUUCGCAAGAAUUCUUUUGACAGAGUGACAAUAAACUAUUUGUACAGUGCUAAUGAGUGCCUAAAUUUCAAAUUUUAAACAUGUGUAACCUGUCACCUUUUAAAAAUUUCGUUUGUUUUGUACUUUUAUUCAUAUAUUGUUUUAUUAUUCUUAUAUGUAUUUGUUUAUUUUGUUUUGACUUGCUACACAUACAUUUUGUAUACUAUGAUUAAAUAAAUAAACAUAUUAUCGUGGUCCUGUCACGGUGAGAACUAUGCCGCAGGCAUAUUUUCAGAAGAUACUGCCGCAAAAAUCGAUGAUCUCUCAAAGCCAUGUUGGUUGUUGAAUGCCGCAAAGUUAUUAGUUAAAAACGAAAUUUUAAAUCUUGAGCAUGCGCAUGUUGAGUGGACCUUCUGAGCAUUUUUUUCUAUACAUUAUCGGCAUAUCCCCAAUAGAUAUGAAUACAUAAUUUAAAAGUAUUUUGUAUGCUUGACCAAAUAUAUUUAUCGAUUUAUCCUAUUAAUAUAUAUUGGAAGUUGAAAUUAAAUGGGAAAGUUUGUAAUUUUUUCGAAAAGAAUCUCCCAAUUUUUGCGAUUUUUUACUUAAUAAAUAGUCAUGACAAUAUAUAUUAAGAUAUAAAUAUACUUUACCUAUGAAACGGAAUGUACAAUUUUUAUGACAAUAAAGUGCUUUAUGCAAGCUUACAAUUAUAUGAGUUCCUCACAAUUUGUAAAUUCUCAAGUAGAUUGUUUCAGAACUUUUGACCAAAUACUCGGAGAGCAAAAUUAGUUACGCGAUCUGAUAAGGUGUCCAAUGCGUAUGAAGCUUGUCAAGUGUCUGAAACUUAUCGAUGUUCUAUAAUUUGCUUCUCUUGAUCUUCCGUUUUUAUUAUUUUAUAAUUAAGGUUUAGAAAUUAAAACAUAUUCUUGUACCUGGUACCGUUGUUCGCUCAACUUACUGUUGUGUAUUGCAUUUGUUCAACAAAUCUUCCGAAGGUUUUGCCAAAAUUCAAGAGAAUUUUUUUUCAAAUGACCACAUCCCUUAACUGUUUUCAUUUUAGCGACUCAAACUGGCCUAUUCCUACACAUCUGUUAUGACAAGUGGAGAUUAAUAAUAAUAUAAACGCUGUUACAGAUAAGCAGAUGGUUCGGUUUAUUAUUUAUAAUGUUUUAUAUGUUGGUAAUUUAACAAUAAUAAAGACGAUGAGUAUGCCCAACUCAGAAACUACUAACGGUAGACAAAAAAUUAAAUAGAAUGGUUGCAUAGUUUGAUCUAGAAAUUCUAGGUAUAAUUCAUGAAUUUUAUGUCAGAAAUGACAUUUGUGGACUCUAAAAUAAUUAACAAUUCUCCCAAUAAGGGAGCCUUAAAGGGCCUAUUGUCAUUGUUUUGGGCAUAAAUUUAUAGACGAUGAGCACAAACGAAGUACAAAAAUUGACAUAUAGAAAACAUAAAAGGUCCAUGUCACAUGUACUUGUAUUACGUAUUAAAUAAAUUCCCUUAUAGGAUAAUUUGUUAAUUAUUUUAGGGCCCGCAAACGUAACUUUGGCAUAAAAUGCGAGAUUUAUCAAAGACGGUUAGAUUAAGGUAUAAGAUAAUACAUUAAAUAUAACUAGAAUUUUCGAGGGAAUUUAAAAUGAGAACGCUGGUAUUUACCGGAACAUCCUCUAAAUAUAAAAAAUUAAGAAAUCUAGACGAAACAAUAAAACGUUUUUAUUUAACUUUUUUUGUAUCGUUCUUAGUUAAGAGGAUAGUGGAUCUUAUUUCGUACAUCCUGUGCAGCCUUUAACUCUUCAUUAAGAAAAUGAACUGAUACAGAUUAAUUGAGAAGUAAGGAUUUGUAAGUUUAUUUUUUCCAUUAAUGUCUGAUUUGAUUUUUAAUUAAUUAAUAUUGUAGUUAGUUGACCUUUAAUAUUUCUAACAAAAUACUUAUAAAAUAAAUAUUAGCACCAUCACACUCCAACGUACCAAUAAAAACUUAAAGAAGGCCCUUCCGUUGAGUAAGAAAAUAUCCUUUGACAAUUCCCGUCGUAAAUAAUUGAGCAUUAAGAAGGCGUCGCUAAAAAUUCUCAAACCCUUUAUGGAUUAUGUAUAUCGUCUCUGUAAUAAGCAGGUAUGUGUUGCUGUUCUACUCUUUCAUUAGCUUUGGAAUGGAAUCCAUAGCGCUGCCCGCCUCAAAUCCAUUGGCGUUGCGAACCGCCAGUUUUUGCAAUCGUCUAGUUUCUUUUUUUAUAGAGGUUAUAUUUUAGUAGUGAACCCUACAGGGUGACUUACAAUAAACUGAAAACACGGCGUUAAUACGAAAGUUUUAUGUUUUUUCGGGUACCCCACAAAGAACCUUUGUACUCAUUUUCUUGUUGAUUUAAUAAAAAUGAUAUCAUGCAGAAAUAUAAGAUUAUUAAUUAUAUUAUAAAUUCUAUUUUAGGCCACCUAUUAAAAGGCGGGUUCGAUUUAAAUACUUAAUUCGCCAUUUAAAUCGGAUUUAAAAGAUGCACGCCACUGAAUCUACCGCCUAUUUCUUUGAAAUCAUGAAAUAUUUCGUAUAAAGCUGCUGUUGUAAAAAAUAUGUAAAUUAUAUAAACCAAAAGUGACUGUUUGCUUGGAAGUAGUUUUAAUGAUGAAUUCGAGCCAAAUGUACUUUCGCCACAUAAGAUGGUUGAUGGUCGCCGCCGGAAUGUGGAAAAUAGACGACGACUUUUCGGUAUCAACGAAAAGAUUUUACGCUGUUUAUUCCGUCAUGAUACAACUAUUUUGUACUUCGCCCAUUAUCUCCAAAGGUCUAGAAGUACCCGUUUUACUGAAAACCGACCCCGCUGCAGGUAACAAUAGAACGUCACGUGAGAGGUUGACGUGCAACGGCUUUUCUUUACUUAUUUUUAUUUAUUGGAUAAUUUUAUCGAUGAAUCAUAUUGGGCACCACAAAAAUUCAAGAAAUACAGAAAUAUUGUGACAAAACACGUCUCUUCUUUAGCACAAACUAUUGGGCAUUAUUUUGGGCGUUUCGCAUUCCAGUACAUUUUUUUUAAAUCAAUCCCUCUAGAAAUGAUCAGACCAUAAUUGCUUUUGAACUUAAAAAAAAACAUUACCCUUAGUAAUAUUGAAAAUAUACCUUAGGAUAGUCGUACAGUUCAUAAUAAAGUGACGAUUUUAAACUGAUUUUUCUCUAAUUUUUGAAAACCACCACAACUUUUGUGUGGUUUCCCUAUGGCUAUUCGUUUCUGUUCAUCAUUUACAAAAGCACAUUUUAGGUAUUAACUUUCAUUAAUGGAAUUAAUAUCACGCUUACUUAAAGAUACGGUUUUGUAAUUAUGCUUAUGUACUAUAAAUGUUACGUUUUGUGUGGUAUAUUUUAAAAUAUAUCGAUUUUUAACUGCGCCAUCUACUGUCAUUUUUGUGUUUAAUAGCGAUCAUCUUUUAAAAAACAAUUCGUUUCAUCACUAUAAUACAAGAAACCAAAACCAAUUUUAAAUUAACAAAAAUCGGGCAAUCGGAAACCAAUCAUAAUUAAUUCUAGUUAUUUUCCUAUGCUAAAAACAAAAUUUAAACUAGCUAGGCUUCUGGAACUUCACUUUGUAAUGUUUCACUCUGAAAUUAUUAGUUAUCUAAAUUAAUUUUGUAUCAACAAUGGCUGUAUUUCUAGCAGUUGGUAAUAUCGGUAUCACCAUAUUCUUCGGGACCCUAAUCACUAAAACGUUAAUGUGCCAGUCUAAACCUGUCGUCGAUCUCAUUCGGACUGCUUUGUAGUCAAAAUUUCAUCUAGUUACCAGCACCGAUGCAAAAGUAAAAGCGAUAUACGAAUUCCACACGAAACUUAACAACUACAUUAUAACACUUGUGAUUGCGUAUGUGUUAUUUAUGGGAAUAUCCGUUACUGCGGUUGGCGACGUCGAGGCCUACAAGUACUUCAAAAAAUUUGUCAACGAAACGGAGAAACCUGAAUUUUUACAUUACUGGUAUCCUUUCGAUAAAAAUUAGCAUUACGUGAUUGUCUUGGUCGAUCAGAAUAUCCGACCAUUUUUGGCAGUCCUUUACUUGGCUAUAGUAAACGCCUUUAUAAUCUCCAUUAUAAUUUUCGUGAGACUCCAACUAAAAAUACUGCAGUAUAGUUUCAGAAAUUUCGACCGAUUAGAACCGGACGGUGUCAAAAAUUCAAGAAUUUUGAAGACACUGUCCCACAAACAUCAGGAACUGAUUCGGUAUAAUAAAUACUUACAUAAAUAUCGAAAUUGCAAUCAAAUAAAAAUCGUAAUUAGAAAACAUGGGCUGAUAAAUUUUAUUUUAUUGGAGUUGUGACAAACAAAUUUUUUUAUUGCAGAUAUUUUUUAAUUGUAGCCUAAAUCGCCAGAAACGAUGUUUUGAAUACCUUUUUCGUUAAAAUUUAAGUUUUCGGCAGAUAAGUCUCUAAAGCAGAAUCAUUUUUUUGUUAAGGUCUGGACUAGAUGCCUCGUUUAAAUAAUUUUGUAUUAAUCUUAGAGCCUGGCAUUAUCUUGUGUCAGUAUAAAGUUUUCUCCAAUAUCCAGCAAUGGGCUCUGACGAAAUUUCCAUACGCACCUUUCUCUAUAUAAAGUUGUUCCAAGCCAAAACACGAUGUUAAGAUGAAAUGUAGUCAAAUUGCUGUAGAUACUAAACCUCAUUUUAUCAUGAACAAAAGUCGUUCUCAAUCUUUAUUAAGAUCACUUGUUAUCUGGCAAAUGGUUUGUUUAGUGCUGCUGCUGACAUUCUGAAACUCAAAUUCCUUCCUGCAAGAUAUCUCCUUACUUAUUACUAUUACUUAUUACUUAAUUACUUAAUCUAUCACGAAUAGCCGUUAUGAGCCGAGUUAUUCCAAAACGGCGAGGUUUGGGCAAUAUUGAUGAAUGAGAAACAUUGACCUUGGUCACACAUUCAUUUUCACUUUAAAUUAGAUAAUAUAGUGGCACUAGUACGGUAAAAGUUGAUGCGCAAUGCGUUUCGUAGAGAAAGUUCUACAUUUCUGCCACAAAAUUUUAGUUGGUGCCAAUUUCUUUCUAAAGAGGGAUUUUCACACACUUAACUUGGUUUCCCAGAACAUUUAACGACAUCUAAGCUAAUUUUGAAAAAAAUCUGCCGUAAAAUUGCCGCAUCCAAACUUAUUGACGGAUCUGUUAGCUCCCAUAUUGGUUCUCGAAUGCCGCAAAAGAUUUUUAAUCUUGCAUGUUGCAUGUUGAAUAGACCUUUUCAAAUUUUUCGUCAGAGUUUUGAAACUUGGAAAAAAAAAAUAGAGAGCGGGUGAAUAAAAGGUGGAAAGUCGAUUUGAAAUCACAUAAAUGUCUCUAACAACUCUACAUAUACGUCAAUUUUGUUUUCGGUAUUUUGGUUAUCCAAAAAA